AAAGUGAAAAGCAUCAAAUUGGGGAGAGAGAGAGAGAGAGAGGAAAAAGAAAAAGCAAAGGUCUUUAUUGUUUGCAUUCGGUUCACUGUUCAUCUUUCUUUCUCCACCCACUUCAUCAUCCAAUUGGGUUUUGUAUUUUUCUCUUUUCUCUGUUUCUGUGUUGUGGGUUUUGGAGCAAAAAAUUUGUUGUUUGGUUGAAGAUGAUAGACUUCGCUCGGGUACAGAAAGAGCUUCAAGAAUGCAGCAGAGACGUUGAGAAAUCUGGUAUCAAAGUGAGCCCAAAGAGCGAUGGCUCUCUUGCCCGUCUCAUCGGAACCAUUCCUGGUCCUGUUGGCACUCCCUACGAGGGUGGAACUUUUCAGAUUGAUAUUUCACUCCCAGAUGGUUACCCUUUUGAGCCUCCUAAAAUGCAGUUUGCAACCAAAGUUUGGCACCCUAACAUCAGCAGUCAGAGUGGAGCUAUUUGCCUAGACAUUUUGAAGGAUCAAUGGAGUCCAGCUCUCACAUUGAAGACAGCUCUUCUUUCUGUACAGGCAUUACUCUCUGCUCCUCAACCUGAUGAUCCUCAAGAUGCUGUUGUGGCACAACAGUAUCUUAGAGACUAUCAGACCUUUGUUGGCACUGCUCGAUACUGGACCGAAAGUUUUGCCAAAAUAUCAUCUCUCGGGGUUGAGGAAAAGGUACAAAAACUUGUAGAAAUGGGAUUCCCUGAGGCUCAGGUAAGGAGUACUUUGGAGGUUGUUGGUGGCGACGAGAACUUGGCUCUUGAAAAGCUUUGCUCCAGUUAGAGGGUGAAAAACAACUACCACAAGAUUUUAAGUCCUUUUUUGUUAAUUAUAUGGUGCCACCCACCUUAAGAGGUUGGGGAUUAUACUGACACAAAAGGGUUAAAUAUAAAAUAUAAGGUUUUCUUUAUUA